AUGACGCAGGAGCACAAAGUCAAGGUGCACUCCAAGGAGGACCUCCAUCAGUGGGAUGAGCUGAAGCAGACCCAGAGGGCCCACCUGGAGGACCUGCUGGAGCAGCACUGGAGCCCCAGGGGAGACACCUUCACCGAGCCUGGGGAGGGGUACAGCCUGGCUGGGGAGGAGGCACCUCGCUCUGGAGAGGCUCUGCUUUUCGCUCCACACUGGACACAUAACUCCACCAGGCUGCAUGGGACCAAAGACCAGACGGAGAACAUGGAGAGGAAGAACGCUGGGGUCUCAGAUAGCAACAAGACAAUGGAUAAUGUUGGCGUUGAGGAGAAGAACGAGUUGGCAGAAGGUGGGGAGGGGUUGCUGCGAAACAGUACAGAAGGGAAUCUGGAAAACAGGAAUCCAUUACGGCGAGACGACCCUCUGUCCAAGAGCCAGACGGGUGGUUCCUCUCACGCCGUUACUCGCAACCCAGAAGCCAAAUUCAAUCCCACUGAGGCGCCUAGCGAGAGAGUUUGGGCCCGUUUCAGACCGACCAAAGAGCCGAAUCCAGAUCCUCGACAACUGGGGAGACGGAGAGACAAUGACACUCCUGAGGAGGUGCAGAUAUUACAGAUUGAGGAGGAGAGACUGCAGCAGGAGAGGAAGGAGCUGCUGCUUCUCCACAAGAGGCUGGACCAAGAGAAGGAGAUUCUGAGGCAGCAGCAGGCGAAACGGGAAGAGGAGGAGAGGCAGAAAGAAAAGGAUCUGCAGCAUCACCUGCAUGGCAAACAUCAUCAUCACCUGCAUACAACAACACAGACACCAGCAACAACAACAACAUCUAAGACUACCACAAGGUCUCCAUCGGCUCCAACGGGCCCCAGACCGCCCGCCCGUCCACGGAAAAGGAUGAGGAAGAAUCGCAAAAGAAUCAGCAAGAAAGCUAUGAGAGCUAUGCUAAUGUAGAGCUAAGAAAAAAGCCAGGGACACAAGGUGAACUUGGUGUAUUUCGUGGAUCCAGAGGUGAAGCGCAGUGACUUCCUUCAUAUACGUAUUUAUUCACUUGUCAGUAACCUGCUCGUCCUGGUCCUCCGUAACACUACUAAUGACUGUCUGGUGAACCUGUAACGACACGUGUGUGGAGUCAGACGAGGGUGAGAAGAAAAAGGAAUAUAAAGAAAGAAAGGCGGAGACGGCUAAAGACUUGGCGGCUAGCCUCUACGGUGACAGUCGCUGGUAGGAAGUAACACACGGCACCCGAAGACUGAGAAAAAGUGGGGGACUGAAACUGCUUCGCUGUAGAGCUGAGGACAAAAAGUGCAAUCUCGAAACUCUUCUGAAAACCGUGUUUUGAUAUCAACCGAGAGAAGCUGCACUUACAUGUUGACAGAGUCGCUACGGGGUUCAAAUGACAAAGUGUGUUGCUGAAAGACUUCUUUUUGAUAACACAAUCAGGACGGACAA